AACAAAUGAAACUGCCAUACAAUUAUUAUACGCUACGGUUUAUCAAAAUAUCCUUUUGUAUAUAUAGAAAAUUAUAAUUUUUAAUGCACGUACUUAAUUAAAAUUUAAUGUAAAGCUGGUUCACUAUAUUUGUACUGUGGAUUAAACAAACUGCGAUAAAGAACCUUGACUGACUUGUUUGUUGAACAAAAAAUAUGAACACAAUCAUGUGUUUUAAAAAGGUUUGAACGUCUAGUUUAGAAUCUCCCAAAUUUUCGCCCAAAAAAAUUAAUAAUUGUAAAAAUGGGCGUAAUUGCAAAAACCUCUCUUGCCUUCUCAUUGGCCACAAUCUCUGCUGGCAUAGCCUACUACUUCCUAAAGCAAGACAAAAAAGAAAAAAUCCCGAAAAAAUGGCAAGAAGUGGGCAUAGUGAAAAAACUCUGCAUCUACCCUUUAAAAUCUGGAAAUCGCAUAGAACUAAGCAAAGCUGAAUGCACAGAAGUAGGUCUGAAACAGUCCGAGCAAGAUGAGCCCGUUUAUCAGUUGAAAGAUAGAGGCCUUAUUGUCUAUGGAGAGAAAGAUUGUGAGUUUAGAACUGGUAGGACCUAUCCCAAAAUGGUUUUAAUCGAUGUCGGAGUGCAUGAUGUUGAUCAUCUGUCAAUUGAUGCACAUACCAUGAGGACUCUAUAUGUUAAAGUGCCCAAAAAGGAUGAAAAUAAAGAAACUAAGAUAACUGUUCACAGGGGGGAACAAAUCGUUGGUGUUGAUUGCGGCGAUGAAGCAGCAAGUUGGUUUUCAAGGUACAUUCUAGAAAAACCAUCUGGUUUACGCUUGGCCUACCAUGAUGGUGGCGAAAGAAGAAACAUUACGAAAACCCACAAGCCCUUACUAGAUUACUACUUAAAUUUAGGAAACGAAUCAACAGGUUUAUAUUCCGACCUUUCAAGCAUCAUGAUAGUAAACCAACAAUCAAUAAACGACCUAAACAAAAGAAUCGGCUCUGGAACACACGCUUCAGUCGAUAACUUCAGAUCCAACAUUGUCGUUGAUGGUCCUAAACUCGCCCCAUAUGCUGAGGACGACUGGGAUUGGGUGAAAAUUGGCGACGUGGUGUUGAGAAACGUAAAAGAGUGCACGAGGUGCAUAUUUACCACAGUCAACCCUGAUACUGCUCAAAGAAGCUCUGAUAGAGAACCACUGAAGACUCUGGAAACGUAUAGGUUGAGCGAAGGUCCAUAUAAAACUCCAGUAAUGGGAAUUAACGCCGGUGUAAGAAGAACUGGUUUAAUACAUGUUGGAGAUACAGUUUAUUUCGCAAAAAAUGAAGUACAAUAAAAAUCUCGAAUUUUAAUGUAAAUAGUAUUAAUUUUAAAUGUAUUUAUAACACUAGUUAACUAGUUUCAAAAUCAGCAAAUUUUGCAAAAAUGGCGAAUGCACCAAAAUUAAUUUUUGUCAAAUUUCCCAAAAGUUGUUAUCUAGUAUAGUUAGCAAAAAUAAACACAAUUAGCA